GCUGCUGCUGCUGCCGCCGCCGCCACCGCUUCCGCCGCCACCGCCGCGGUGAUUCCCGCGGAGCCGCGCGCGCCCCCGGCUGGGCCGAGCUGCCGGACGACGAGCAGAGCCGCGGGAGCCGGCGGGGACGCCAUGCGAGCCAGGAAGAAGCACGUUCUGCGUUGAUGCCACCGUGCAGCCUGUUUGCUUGAGACAGAAGCUUUGGCAUCUGGAGGAAGAAACAUGAGGUCUUAGCAGCUUCACCAGGAGUUGACUUUCGAGAUGGCGGCUCAGCGGAUCCGAGCUGUCAACUCCAACGGCCUCCCGAGAUGCAAGUCAGAGGGAACCCUGAUGGACCUGAGCGGAGGGUUUUCCGAGACGAGCUUCAACGAUGUCAAAGUGCCUUCUCCCAGUGCCUUGCUAGGAGACAGCCCCAUACCUUUUGGAAACGCGAAGGAGGUGAUUGCCAUCAAGGACUAUUGCCCAACCAACUUCACCACCCUGAAGUUCUCCAAGGGGGACCACCUGUAUGUCUUGGACACAUCGGGCGGCGAGUGGUGGUACGCCCACAACACCACUGAGAUGGGAUACAUCCCUUCCUCCUACGUGCAGCCCUUGAACUACCGGAACUCGACGCUGAGCGACAGCGGGGUCAUCGACAACCUGCCGGACAGCCCGGACGAGGUCGCCACGGAGUUAGAGCUGCUCGGGGAGUGGCCGGAUGACAAGAAAGGGCUGGGGAGAACUCAUAGUAACAACCCGUUCUGGAACGGGGUCCAGACGAACCCAUUUCUGAAUGGGAGCGUGCCUGUGACUCCCGGCUUGGGGGAGCUGAACCCCAAAAGCACUGUGGAUUUGCUGCUCUUUGAUACGGGCACGUCCUCAUUUACGGAAUCCAGCUUGGCCACCACAAAUAGCACCGGCAACAUCUUCGACGAGCUUCCGGUCACAAAUGGACUCCUGGCGGAGCAGCCGGUCAAGCGAGACAACCCCUUCUUCAGGAGCAAGCGCUCCUACAGCCUGUCGGAGCUCUCCGUCCUCCAGGCCACGGCUGACACCCCCAUAUCCUCAAGUUUCUUUACGGGGCUGAAAUCACCUGCCCCAGAGCAGUUUCAGAGCCGGGAGGAUUUCCGAACCGCCUGGCUGACCCACCGCAAGCUGGCCCGGUCGUGCCAUGACUUGGACUUACUUGGCCAAAGCCCUGGCUGGGGGCAGACCCAGGCUGUAGAGACGAACAUUGUGUGCAAGCUGGACAGUUCCGGGGGCACCGUGCAGCUCCCCGACACCAGCAUCAGCAUCCACGUGCCGGAGGGCCAUGUGUCCCCUGGGGAGACGCAGCAGAUCUCCAUGAAAGCACUGCUGGACCCCCCGCUGGAGCUCAACAACGACAAAUCCAGCAGCAUCAGCCCCGUAUUAGAAGUCAAACUCAGCAACCUGGAAGUAAAAACCUUCCUCAUCUUGGAAAUGAAAGUUUCCGCCGAGGUAAAAAAUGACCUUUUUAGCAAAAGCACAGUGGGCAUCCAGUGCCUGAGGAGUGACUCGAAGGAAGGACCAUACGUCUCCAUCCCACUCGCCUAUAGCUGCGGGGACACAAUCCGAGUCCAGCUGGACAGCCUGGAGCCCUGCAUGUACCUGGCCAUCGUUGCUUACGGCCCGAACAUCCUCUACCCCUCCACCGUGUGGGACUUCAUCCAUAAAAAAGUCACUGUGGGUCUGUACGGCCCCAAACACAUCCACCCAUCCUUCAAGACAGUGGUGACCAUUUUUGGGCAUGACUGUGCCCCAAAGACUCUCCUGGUCAGUGAGGUCACCCGCCAGGCCCCCAGCCCCGCCCCUGUGGCCUUGCAGCUGUGGGGUAAGCACCAUUUCAUCUUGUCCAGGCCCCAGGACCUCAAAGUCUAUAUGUUUUCCAACAUGACAAAUUACGAAGUGAAGGCCAGUGAGCAGACCAAAGUCGUGCGGGGCUUCCAGAUGAAGCUGGGCAAGGUGAGCCGCCUCAUAUUCCCCAUCACCUCCCACAGCCCCAGCGAGCUCUCCGACUUCACGCUGCGGGUGCAGGUGAAGGAUGACCAGGAGGCCAUCCUGACCCAGUUCUGUGUCCAGACUCCCCAGCCUCCCCCAAAAAGUGCCAUCAAGCCCUCUGGGCAAAGGAGGUUUCUCAAGAAGAAUGAAGUUGGGAAAAUCAUUCUGUCCCCUUUCGCCGCCACCACCCGGUACCCAACCUUCCAGGACCGCCCAGUGUCCAGCCUCAAAUUCGGGAAGCUGCUAAAGAGCGUCGUGAGGCAGAGCAAGAACCACUACCUGCUGGAGUACAAGAAGGGCGACGGCAUCGCUCUGCUCAGUGAGGAGCGCAUCCGGCUCAAGGGGCAGCUGUGGACCAAGGAGUGGUACAUCGGCUACUACCAGGGCAGGGUGGGCCUUGUGCAUGCCAAGAACGUGCUGGUGGUGGGGAAGGCCCGGCCCAGCCUGCUCUCGGGGCCGGAGCUGAGCACCGCCGUGCUGCUGGAGCAGAUCCUCAGGCCCUGCAAGUUCCUCACCUACAUCUACGCCUCCGUGAGGACCCUGCUCAUGGAGAACAUCAGCAGCUGGCGCGCCUUCGCCGACGCACUGGGCUACGCACACCUGCCGCUCACCUUCUUCUGCCGGGCAGAGCUGGACAGCGAGCCAGAGCGGGUGGCGUCUGUUCUGGAGAAGCUGAAGGAGGACUGUAACGACGCCGGGAACAAGGAGCGGAAGUCGUUCCAGAAGGAGCUCGUGAUGGCCUUGCUGAAGAUGGACUGCCAGGGCCUGGUGGUCAGGCUCAUCCAGGACUUUGUGCUCCUGACCACAGCUGUGGAGGUGGCGCAACGCUGGCGGGAGCUGGCCGAGAAGCUGGCCAAGGUCUCCAAGCAGCAGAUGGACGCCUACGAGUCUCCCCACAGGGACAGGAACGGGGUCGUGGACAGUGAGGCCAUGUGGAAACCUGCCUAUGACUUCCUGCUCACCUGGAGCCACCAGAUCGGGGACAGCUACAGGGAUGUCAUCCAGGAGCUGCACACGGGGCUGGACAAGAUGAAGAACCCCAUCACCAAGCGCUGGAAGCACCUCACGGGGACCCUGAUCCUGGUGAACUCCCUGGACAUUCUGAGAGCAGCGGCCUUCAGCCCUGUGGACCAUGAUGACUUUGUGAUCUGAACAUUCCCGCCCGCCUCCCGUUGUUCUGGAGCACCGGCUUCCUCUGGCCCGUCCAUCACUCUGCUGUCACCCUGGGUCCCAGGAGGGAGGAAGGACAGCUGCUCAGACUGAUGGAGGGUCUGCCAGCCAGACCCACACCCACGGCCAAGUCCACUCUUUCUCCCGUGGUGGGAGAGGCACAAAGGGAUUUUCUACUGCUGGUUAUUGCCAAUCAAAUAGCUUUCUGUUUGUUAAGAGUCAAUUUAAAUUGAAAAUCACUUUUAUAAAGGAGGGGGGGACAGGAGAAAGGUGGUAUGUCAUUUUUAAUGGACCAUCCAGGUUAAGAAAACAAACGUAAUGGGCCGGAUGCUGGUGAGGUUUUUAUGUUGUUUAAAGACUGUUUUAAAUUAUGUUACAGAUGUAUAUAGGUAUUUAAAGGUCUUGGGGGCGUUUCUGAUUCCCAGACACACUUUGCAUUUCAGCACUCAGCGCCGAGGACGCCUGUUUGCCUGUUGGGCUUUUUCACUUCUACUUGUCAAAAGAGAAAUCGGAUGGGAGAAGCGGCUCUCCGCUGAGUGGGUGUGGCCACCCCCUUCUUUGUGCCGACGCCCCAGGUCCUGCUCUUAUUUAUUGUCUUUCUUCUUCUGUCUCGCGCCGUGGUCGUGGUUGUCCACAGAACGUGUGAGACUAUGAGCUUUAGCAGGCGGACUCAAAACCCGCAUUAGCAAUUAGGCUCCAGGAGAUGUCUCUGCCAAGACAGUAGAAAGCAGCGGAGAGGUGAUGGCCUUCAUGGCCCCCGCCAGUGUGCAGUUAGUCACUCACAAGGGCAGUGCUGCUGAGAGUGAGCUGGCCCUCGCUGUUUCUCCCUUGGGGGCGGGGAGGGCCUCCUACAAAGCGUCUCUUCUGGGGGCAGGAAGAGACCUUCGCCACCAGAUCAGCCACAGUGGCCAUUGACUCUUCUCACGCCCUUUGCAAAUACAGUGGUUGGCCCUGAAUGCAACUCUGUGUGCUGAUGUGGAAAGGUGCCACCUGCCACUUGCCAAACUCUUCUGGGUUUUAACCUCUCACCCUUCCAGGUGUACCCACAUAUCCUUGAAAAGAAAUAAGAUAGGUGAAACCAUUUUUUUUUUUUUUUUUUUUUUUUACAUUAUAAAGAUCAUUUGAGCAAGGUGAACAUUUUCCAAACCUGAAAAGUAUUUCUCAUAUAAAAUCAGGAAGUCGGCAAAGCGUCACACAGAUGACCUUUAAGGGUACAGGCACACGGUGCUCACUUCUACAAUUGCACAGUGGUGAUGACAUCUCAGAGGGGAGCAGGGACAGGACUGGCACCUGGCCGGUCAGUGGAGGGAAGUUAUUCCCAGGGAUGUGGGGGACACACCCCGUGUUUGCUGGAAGUGGAGUUGGGCCACUGGGGGUUCUCUGAUCUCAUUCUCCAACUGCUUCUUGAAACGUGUUACUUACUUAGUCUAAUUGAUGCAAUCUCCCUUCCUGGGCCGGAACAUUGUUCUAUAGCUACUGAUUCAGAUACGAACACCAGUUGACUGAAAAAGCAAACACUAGGUGUUUUAUGCUGCAAGAACCAGGAUGCACAGUCCCCAGUCAUCCCACAAAAGGACCAUCCGUUCUGCUUCCCGCAUCCUCACCAUCACUUCUCCCAGAGAUUCUCUGUCACCUUGUCCCCAAAGAAGAAACAAAACCAGUUGCACCUUAAAA